CAAUAGUUUUAAUCAUAACAUUAGCAGCUGAUAGUAAUUUUUGAUUCAAUUGUGGUCGAUAUAAAACGUUUUGCAAGUUAUUAAAAUUAUAUUAAAUAUGUCCCGUUUGAUUUUACGUUCAUUUCGUAAUUCUGUGGAAAGUUUCCGCAGUAACAAUCGCUUAUUUAACAUUUGCAUGCAUCAAUCGCGAAACUUGACAUCGUUACAACAUUAUGGAGCAAUUUCUACAAAUAAGGCGUUGUUGGAUAAUAGAUUUUCGCUUCCUCUUAAUCAAUACCGCCGCAAUAUGUUUAUACAAACACAGGACACUCCUAACCCCGACAGUCUAAAAUUUCUACCCGGCACAGAUGUACUCGGAAAAGGCAAUACAUAUGACUUUCCAAGUGUGUCUGCAGCAUAUUGUAGCCCGUUAGCAAAACUACUCUUUCGAAUUGAGGGGGUGCGUGGCGUGUUCUUCGGUGCAGAUUUCAUAACAGUAUCCAAAGAAGAAGAAACUGAUUGGGCCAUUAUUAAGCCAGAAGUCUUUGCUGUCAUAAUGGACUUUUUCGCCAGUGGUCUGCCAAUACUGAACGAAGCUAAACCAAAUUCAGACACACAAAUCGAUGAUGACGACGACGAUGUGGUUAUGAUGAUUAAAGAACUUCUUGACAGCCGCAUCAGACCUACUGUGCAAGAAGAUGGUGGUGAUAUCAUAUACAUGGGUUAUGAAGAUGGUGUCGUUAAGUUAAAGAUGCAAGGUUCAUGUUCUUCCUGUCCAAGCUCUAUUGUUACACUCAAAAAUGGCGUACAGAAUAUGUUGCAAUUCUACAUACCAGAAGUAGUGUCUGUUGAACAGGUUUCUGAUAAAGUGGACAAAUUAGCAGAAAAGGAAUUUGAAAAAUUCGAAAGUAAAAUCAAGUUGAAAGAAGCUUCACCAGCUAAUGAGACCAAAGCUUAAAAUAUUGAAUAAUAAUAGUUUAAUGUUGUUAAACGUAUAAAAUUAUACUCUCUAUAACGAGAUAUAAAAUGUAGGUACAUGCAUAUAAGAUGUUUUGUUGAUUUGAAUUAUUAAAAUAAUAUAAAACUGUACAGAAGUACUAAUACUAUAUAUAAAACGAUCAA